GCCGGCAAAACUCGGCGCUUAAGGCUUUUAGGGCGUAUACGGCACCUGUGUGUGCGCGCUGAGGCGCUGACAAUAUUCCUGGAACUCGUCGCCAGACGCCAGCGCGCGCGCCUGCCUCUCCGGGCCGCCCGCACAGCUUAUUAGGCCGCAGGACUCGCCGCGGCGUCGCGGCGUCGCGCGCGGCCGCCGCGCGUCCCGCGCACCGCAAGCAACCGCAAACAGCGCCAGCCACGCAUAGAUGAACGCCGCGUCGGCCCGCGGCGCCGCGCGUUUACCACCGGAAGUGAACCGCAUUUUGUACGUGCGGAACCUGCCCUACAAGACGGAGGAGGCCCUAUCCACCGAAGAAAUUUAUGAUAUUUUCGGCAAGUACGGCGCCAUCCGCCAGAUCCGAAUAGGGAACCGGCCGGACACGCGCGGGACCGCGUUUGUCGUCUACGAGGACAUCUACGACGCGAAGAACGCGGUCGACCACCUGAGCGGCUUCAACGUGUGCGGGAGGUAUCUGAUCGUGCUCUACUUCCAGGCGGCGCGCAUGCAGAAGCGGACGGAGUCGCUCGAGCAGAAGCGCGCGGAGCUCGAGGCCCUCCGGAAGCGGGCGAACGCAUAACUUUCUUUCUGUCAUAAGCGUCCGAGCAGCGGUGGCUUCUUGCGUGCGUGGGUAUUCGCCUAGAGAUGUAAGGCACUAGCCAAAGCUCAGGAUCCAAGAGGACUCGUACGCCAGCGGAAGCACGCAGUUAGUAAAUAGGCAUCAGGAAUUUUAAAAAAUGAUGGCCGGCCGCCGCCCUGCUGUCGCGUUUCUUUUGGCUCUC